AUGUCCGCCGCUGUCAAGCCCCAUUCGACUCAAACCUCCGAUCAGACUAAGACUAAGCCAUCGCCUCUCCGAUCAAUCAUAGCAGGCAGUACCGCAGGCGCUGUAGAGAUUGCAAUCACAUACCCAGCCGAGUUCGCCAAAACCCGAACACAACUAAAUUCCCGCCUUUCCGCUGCCCAGAAGCUCCCGUUCCCUCCAUUCGGUCCACAAUGGUACGCCGGUUGCACAACUCUCAUAAUAGGAAAUAGCAUCAAAGCUGGAGUUCGCUUCGUCGCUUUCGACCAGUACAAGUCCCUCCUCGGCAAUGGAGAUGGCACAAUCAGCGGUCCCAUGACCGUCGUCAGUGGAUUCUUAGCAGGUGCAACAGAGAGUCUGUUGGCCGUAACACCAUUUGAGAGCAUCAAGACACAGAUCAUCGAUGAUCGGAAACGAGACAAGCCGAGGAUGAAGGGGUUCCUCCACGGUUCUGCUCUUAUAUUUCGCGAACAGGGUAUAAGAGGGUUCUUCAAAGGGUUCGUACCUACAACGGCACGACAGGCAGCGAAUAGUGCGGUUCGAUUCAGUGCAUACACAUCUUUGAGGCAGGCAGCGCAAAGCUAUGUGGCUCCUGGAGAGAAGCUGGGGACAUUGAGCACUUUUGGAAUAGGAGGAGUCGCGGGAACGAUUACGGUCUAUGCGACGCAGCCGAUUGAUACCGUCAAGACACGAAUGCAGAGUCUGGAUGCCAAGGGACAGUAUAAAAACAGCGUGGACUGCGCGGUGAAKAUCUUCAAGCAAGAGGGAUUCCUAAAGUUGUGGAGCGGUGCCCUGCCCCGGUUAGGAAGGCUGGUAUUCAGCGGUGGCAUCGUGUUCACCAUGUACGAGAAGACUAUGGAGCUGCUGGAAACCUUAGAUCCGGAGAAGAGGUACAUUUGA